GGUAAAACUAACCCUCGAGCCAAGUCCGAGCUACCGGCUUCUUUACCUGUUUUCGAGUGGCAAGUUACUGGCGAUUCUGGUUUAGGUGACCUUAUGACUCAAGAAAAUAAUGUCAUUUCACCUCCAGAUGAUGCCAUAUUUGGGACCACAAAUGAGCGUAAAAUUCCUGUUAAGAGAGCUCCAAUAGUAAACAUUGGUCGAACUUCAAAUGUUGAAUCUAGUCGAAUACGUUUGAUGCAAAUAAUUGAGAAUGAAGAUGCUCGAAAUACCUUUCAGGAGUAUUUAAAAUCUCAAUAUUGUGAAGAAAAUUUGGACUUUUACAUGGAUAUUGUACAAUAUCGUGAACUUUUCUCAUCUGAGAUUGACAUAAAUAAUGAUGUUAGAGAAAUAAGCUCAACUGCAAAAUACAUAUGGAAUUAUUAUUUAGAUUCUGACACAUCGUCAAAACCUUUAAAUGUUCCACAGGACCUCGCAAAUCAAUGUAGACAAAAAAUAGAUUCAAAAAUGUUUACAAAAGAUAUAUUUGAUAAACUUCAACAACAUUGUUUUGACCUUAUGGUUCAAGAUUCUCUCCCAAAAUUCUUGCGUAAAUCUAUAAUGCAUGAAAAUUGUUCUCCUUCAAACUCUUCAAUACCUUCUCAUCUUAAGCCUCCAUCUUCAUCUCAGAAACCACUUUUUGGUCCGAGGAGAUCACUUUCCUCUGGUUCUCUUCGAGCAAGAAUGGCUUCAACCUUGGCAACUCUUAAAACUGCUGUUAGUGAAGUAAAUAUUUCCACUGGACUUCAGUUGAACUCUGCCACUACAGAUAAUCAAACUCCCAAAUGUAAUAAAAACAAUAUCUCUGCACCUAUACACCUAUCAAAGUCAAAGGAUCAAACUUCUCAAACAAUAAUGGCUCAAAAAAAUAAGACAAAUUCUAGCUUCAAUAUCUCUGCACCUAUACCCCUAUCAAAGGAUCAAACUUCUCAAUCAAUAAUGGCUCAAACAAAUAAAUCAAAUUCUAGCUUCAAUGUCACUGCUGCUCAGGAAAACAAAUCAAGUUCAAGUGAAAAUAGAUCAAAUUCGAGUUUUAAUAGCACAUAUGCACAAGAAAAUAGAUCAAAUUCAAGUUUUAAUAGCACUUUUGCUCAUGAAAAUAGGUCAAAUUCAAGUUUCAAUAUUACAUCUACUAAUGUAGAUCUUCCGGAAAGCAAUAGAUCUUCUACAGUAUCUACUGAUUCUGUACCGUCGUCGCCGUCCACAAUAUCCUCUUUUAGUACAAAUUCUGUCUCAUCACGAUUGUCUUUAUCAAAAAUCACUCGUCGCGUACUCACGCGUCGCCGAAAUUCAACAAGCCUGGUCUCGGCUCCAAAAAUUAUGGAAAUGCCAGGAUCAUAUCCAUGUGCUACUGUUGUCGACGGCGAUGAAUGUGAUGAAUUAGGAAAUAUGUCACAUGGCCAACCUUCAUGGCAGAAACAGAAACUUCGUCGUAACAUGUCUACAUCAGAUUUUCAAUCUGGCUCAAAACCGCAUUCUUCAAUUGUCAUGGGUAACCGGAUAUUUGGUACUGACAAGUCUCUUCCUCCAAUUCCUGCUGCAAAUUGA